AUGGAUGAGGCAGGUCAGCCUUGGAUAGCUCUCCGCGCGCAGCCCUUUGCGAUCGCCUUCCAAGCCUCGAGAAAAGUGCCAGAGGUUCGAUGGAGCUCCGGAGGGAUUCACAUGGAGUUCCGGAGGGGCCGAAGCAGCGCUGUGCUGGAGGGCGAGGCAUUGCAGGCACUGGCCGCCAAGCAUGCCGAGGGCCUGGCGGCGUGCAAGGGUGCCGCUGAUGCAGCUGCGCAAUCUGAAGAACAUCAAGAACUCCCCUGGCAGGACCUCCUGAACGCUUGGGGCGACCUUCAGGCAGACUUGUCGGAGGCAACUGACGAUGCAGCGGCGGAAGCAAAGGCAUGCUGUGCCGAGGAGGCUUGUCAGGCCUUAGCAGCCCGCGCGCUGGCAGCUGCAGCGAAGCGGGCAGCAGCUUUUGAACGCGAGCUGGGUAGGCCGGCGAGAGAAGGAUGCUCCAAGACCACCAGUUCCUUGGGUGCAGAAGUUCGCUAUGCUCGUCAGUUGGCAACUGUGAGAAAUCUGCGGGAUGAAGCAGCAGAAGGUCUGGCAACCUGCGAGGCCUCAGUCGUGGAGACAGGCAAGCAAGAGGCGAGUCCCCAAACCGCGGAGUUGCGCGACGCGUGGCAGGAGUUGGUCUCGCUCUGGCAAGACCUGGGCAACAAUUUGGAGGCCUUCGCUAAGGAACUGGUGGCACCUUCUGAGCCCAGCGUGCUGCGGCGCUCGCUGGAUGCCAGUGUGAGCGAUUCAGAGCGCCAGACUGCUUUGGCAGAGGCAGCUCGCCGAGCAGCCCAAUUUGACGAGGAGUUGCAGAAGCAGCGGCAGAGGCUUGCGCGGCGCCACAAGAAGAUCAAGGGCGUUGCCUCAGAGGUCGGCACGGAGGGGCUGGAAGAUCGCCUGCUGGCCCUGGGCGAUGCCUUUGAGCUCCAGGUCCUUGCAGCAGACCAAGAGGCCGCCAAGUCCGCUUGUAAGGAGGCACUUAGCAAGGCAGAGGAGGAGAACAAAUGGGAGGAGGCCGUGGUCCAUGUAGCUCAGCGCUCUUGGAUUUUAGUUGCCGCCCUACGGCUUUGUUGGCUUCGCGCCAUGUCGUUGCGGCAGCUUUUGCUUUUGCUGGGAGGCUUGCAGGUGCAGAGCUUCGACUACAAUGAGCCUCAGGCUGAGAAGUACAUUUGGAUGCAUCAGCUGACGAUGAUGAAGGAGGACCAGCUGGAGAGUAUGAGGUGCGGCCUGGCCUGUGAGAUGCUGCCCGAAGUCUCCCAGGUGCGCGUAACCCGGGAUGCCCUGCCAUUGGACACCCGUGGCAUCGUCACUCGCUAUGCUGGUGAUGACUGCGCCAUCGUGUUUCGCGGCUCGAAGAGCCUUCUGAACUACCUGCUGGCAGACUUUGACGUCAAGCUGGCAAACCCAUUCGGCGGAUCCUGUCCAGACUGUAAAGUUCACAGGGGCUUCUACAAAUCCUGGCAGAGCUUGGAAUCACAGACGCUUCGAGCUCUGUCGGAACUCGGAUGUGAGAAGAGGCCAGUGCGCCUCAGCGGCCACUCCCUGGGUGGGGCAAUGGCCAUGUUGGCUGCCUUCCAGCUGUCCUUCAACUUCACCAUCAAGGAGCUCUACACGUUUGGACAGCCCCGUGUUGGAGACCAAGGCUGGGUGGAUGCCUUCGAAGCCCGAAUGGCAAAAGCCAACGUGGCGUACUUCAGGGUCACCGACUAUAUGGACCCCGUGCCACACCUGCCACCCGCUUGGUUGAUGGGAUAUCGUCACGCUGCACCGGAGGUCUGGUACAAUGCCACAAUGCUGAAGCGUUACAAGAAAUGCAAAGGCCCCGACGAUGAUACGUGCAGCAGCCAGUUCUCCCUGGUCAGCGCAUUGUUCCAUAUGUGCAACCACUGCUCAUAUUUGGGCUUGAACCCUUGCUAUGUCAAUGCGGAUGAGCCCGAGUGCAUGCAAGGCGACCUGCCAAGAGCGGUCUGAAUUGAUGGGCAUGCGGAUGUCUGCCAUAUGCAAGUUUUGGGCCGUUGGUCUCAGUUGUACAGUGGCGAUUUUUGCCAAUCUCGCCAAUGCUGUGGCAAAGCCCACCUGUGGGUCGAAUCUCUAAGCUCAAUGCGCCUGCCUCCUUUAUGACGCGCUCAAGAGGACGC